CUGCUCGCGCACUGCGGCCGCGAGACUGGAAACCAGCACGGACGAGAGAGAGACACCUGAGGCGCUGAAGAGUCCACUUACACCCAACUAAAGCUCAGAAUACGAAUAUCACAAUUUACCCAUCGAAUAGGAGAAUAUAACGCUUGAAGGGUUGAAAAUGAUGAAUCAGAUCGACCUUUCGGAUCCAUAUGAUAAUGGAUAUGAACCGGACGAUUACAUGAUGCCGGAGGAAGAAUGGGAUCGGGAUUUACUGUUGGAUCCAGCAUGGGAAAAACAGCAACGGAAGACGUUCACGGCCUGGUGCAACUCUCACCUGAGGAAAGCUGGGACACAGAUUGAGAACAUAGAGGAAGACUUCAGGAAUGGCCUCAAACUAAUGCUGCUGCUUGAAGUCAUCUCAGGUGAGAGGUUACCCAAGCCUGACAGAGGAAAGAUGCGUUUUCACAAGAUAGCCAAUGUCAACAAAGCCCUUGAUUUCAUCACCAGUAAAGGAGUGAAACUGGUCUCCAUUGGGGCUGAAGAAAUUGUAGAUGGGAAUGUGAAAAUGACUCUUGGAAUGAUCUGGACCAUCAUCCUUCGCUUCGCCAUUCAGGAUAUCUCUGUUGAACAAACUUCGGCCAAAGAAGGACUUCUGCUGUGGUGUCAGAGGAAGACUGCUCCUUACAGGAAUGUCAAUGUUCAAAACUUUCAUGUCAGCUGGAAGGAUGGAUUGGCGCUGUGCGCUCUCAUCCACAGGCACAGGCCUGACCUCAUUGACUACGCCAAACUCAACAAGGAUGAUCCACUGGGUAAUCUGAAUUUGGCAUUUGACAUUGCUGAAAAACAUCUGGACAUCCCCAAAAUGCUGGAUGCCGAGGACAUCCUGAACACCCCUAAGCCUGAUGAGAGAGCUAUUAUGACAUAUGUGUCCUGUUUCUACCAUGCCUUUGCUGGAGCUGAACAGGUAUUGUGUUUUGCAUGUGCUAGAUUUAGCAGAUUUAGUAAGUAUCCUUCCAUCCAUCUCUACCUUAGUUCUUACUGUAUCUCUCUCCCUCAGGCUGAAACCGCUGCUAACAGGAUCUGUAAGGUGCUGGGAGUGAAUCAGGAAAAUGAGAAGCUGAUGGAGGACUAUGAAAAACUGGCUAGUGAGCUGUUGGAGUGGAUCAGACGUACCAUUCCUUGGCUGGAGAACCGUGUGCCAGAGAAGACCAUGUCAGAGAUGCAGCGGAAGCUGGAGGAUUUCCGAGAUUACCGCAGGAAGCACAAACCUCCCAAAGUGCAGGAGAAGUGUCAACUGGAAAUCAGCUUCAACACCCUUCAGACUAAACUCCGCAUUAGCAACCGGCCUGCAUUUAUGCCUUCUGAGGGCAAGAUGGUUUCGGACAUAGCAAGUGCCUGGCAGGGGCUGGAACAGGCAGAGAAGGGCUAUGAGGAAUGGCUGCUGACGGAGAUCAGGAGACUGGAACGACUAGAUCAUUUAGCAGAGAAAUUCAGGCAGAAAGCUACCAACCAUGAGUCCUGGGCUGCAGGUAAGGAGGAGAUGUUGACCCGGAAGGACUACGAGUCAGCAUCUUUAAUGGAAGUCCGAGCUUUGCUGAGGAAACACGAGGCAUUUGAGAGUGACCUUUCGGCCCACCAGGACAGAGUUGAGCAGAUUGCUGCUAUUGCUCAGGAGCUCAAUGAGCUGGACUAUCAUGAUGUUGCUUCGGUGAAUCAAAGGUGUCAAAGUAUUUGUGACCUCUGGGACCACCUGGGUACACUCACUCAGAAACGCAGAGAGUCUUUGGAGAGGACAGAGAAACUUUUGGAGACUGUGGAGCAGUUGUUUCUGGAAUACGCAAAGAGGUCCGCACCCUUUAAUAACUGGAUGGAGGGAGCCAUGGAAGACUUACAGGAUAUGUUCAUAGUGCACACCAUUGAAGAGGUCCAGACUCUGAUAGCUGCUCACGAGCAGUUUAAGGCCACACUUCCUGAGGCCGAUGCAGAAAGGCAGGCGAUCCUUGGCAUACAGCAGGAAGUCCUGAAGAUCUCCCAGAAUUACGGCAUUCGUGGAGACCUCACUAACCCCUACAGCACCAUAACUACAGAGGAGAUUGCCAUCAAGUGGGACAAGGUGAAGAAGCUGGUUCCCCAGCGUGACAGUGCUCUGCAGGAGGAGUUAGCGCAACAGCAUGCUAACGAAAGGCUCAGACGCCAGUUUGCUGCCCAAGCCAACCUCAUCGGACCCUGGAUACAGGCCAGGAUGGAGGAAAUUGGUCGUUGUUCAAUGGCGAUGGGCGGGACUUUGGAGGAUCAGAUGACCCAGCUGAAGCAAUGCGAGCAUGUGAUCGUCAGCUAUAAACCCAACAUAGACAGACUGGAGGGAGAUCACCAACUCAUCCAGGAGUCACUUAUCUUUGACAACAAACAUACUAACUACACUAUGGAGCAUAUUCGUGUUGGCUGGGAGCUCCUUUUGACUACAGUUGCUCGCACUAUUAAUGAAAUUGAGACUCAAAUUCUGACACGUGAUGCAAAGGGCAUCAGCCAGGAGCAGAUGAAUGAAUUCCGGUCCUCUUUCAACCACUUUGAUCGGAAGAAGAAUGGGGCCAUGGAUUCUGAUGACUUUAGGGCCUGUCUGAUCUCGAUGGGUUAUGAUCUGGGUGAGGUGGAGUUUGCUCGGAUCAUGAUGCUGGUUGAUCCAAAUACUUCAGGCGUCGUGUCAUUCCAGUCUUUCAUUGACUUCAUGACAAGAGAGACAGCGGACACAGACACAGCUGAACAGGUCAUUGCUUCCUUCAGGAUCCUCGCUGCCGACAAGCCAUAUAUUCUGGCAGAUGAGUUGAGGCGAGAGCUUCCUCCAGACCAGGCAGAGUACUGCAUCAGCAGGAUGCCCCCAUACUCCGGCCCCGGGGCCCUGCCUGGAGCCCUGGACUACACUGCCUUCUCCACUGCUCUCUAUGGAGAGAGUGACCUUUAACUCUCUCAACAGCUCUGACCUUUUCGACCAAGUCUCUCUCAUUAACCAAGAAAAUUCUUUACCCAUUAGUAGAUCAACAACCUCAAGAAAUAAAAAAACAUGGCAAAUAAACAAAAUGAGCACAAUUUCAGUUUCAAUCUUAUUUGAUGUAUUUUGAUAAAUGAUUGAUAAAAAAUGUUGAAGUCAAUAAAAUGGAAUGCAGUCUGGAAGUGAAAAGAAUGCAAUGAAGGAAGCAAAAAAAUUAAAUAAAAGUGGUAAUUUAUCUGUCGCACUCCAAAAACUUUUCUCAUAAAUUGUCGGAUCCAAAGGCAUGGGGGACAUGGGGACAUUUUUCACUGUCCUUCAUGUAGGCUAUUAUGAUACAGAACAAAAUUUACAAAGAUUUUGUCACUUGAAUUACAAAAAAAAAAAAAAAAUCUGUAGUUACACUUAAAUUAAUAAUUAAGUAUGUUUAAGUAUUUUUUUGUUUUUGCAUUUUCCAGAACAAAAUCUAUUUUGUGUGGUAGUGUUAAACCUACAUUAUGAAAGAUUUGCACAUUUGAAAUAUGCCCAAAUUGAGAAACAUUCACAGAACCACUAUGCUUCUCUUGUUUUUUCUGUAGUGUACUAUAGUGUGGCCACAGGAACAGUAGCUCUUUCUCAACAACAUAAUCACCUAAAAACCUAACAGUGCCUGAUUUCAUAUACAGUAACAGUUUAUAUAAAUUGUGAUCCUUGACCUUCUCAGUAGAGAGUUUGCUAGAUAAGAGCACAAGCGCGUGAUUUGACGUUUUAAAUAUUGGGAAUGCUUCAACAAUUUCUUCAAUUUGGGGAUUAUAUUAAGUGUUAACGUAGGUACGUCUACAGGGCUUGUCAAAUAAAGAAAGCAAAAAAGAGAAAUUAUGAUAAAAAUACUAAAUUUACAAUUGUGGGUUAAAGUAUGUGAACCCUUUGGAACAAUAUACAAACACAGCCUGCUUAACACACAAACAAUUGUUUUCUUGUC